UGUCAAAAUAAAAGCCGAGGACGUGAGCGUGGAGGAUUCUUCUGACAGCUGUUCAGCCUGCGCGUGUCUCCUCCACAGCUGACAGCCUCAGCCUCACCUGCACCUGCUCAGCAGCUGAUCGGAUCCGUGCCCCCCCAGACCCCAGUCCCCCCCCCAGCUUGGUUAACAUGCCUUUCAUCGAGCACGUAUCAGACUCGGACCUGGAGCGCUUGGCUCUGGAGCGGGUCGUCCCGGCCCUGCUGGCGCGCGGCUUCCACUUCGUGGACGACUUCCUCGGGGAACUGGCCGGCGGCGUCGUCCUGGACCAGGUGAUGGAGAUGCACCGGUCCGGGGCUCUGCAGGACGGCCGGCUGGCCGGCUCCGUUAACGGCGUCCACCGGAGGAGCAUCCGCGGGGAUAAGAUCGCCUGGGUGGGCGGCUCGGAGCGCGGCUGCGAGGCGAUCAGCUUCCUCCUCAACCUCAUCGAUAAACUCAUCUCCAUGUGCGCCAGGAGGCUCGGGAAGAAGGCGAUCCGGGAGAGGUCCAAGGCCAUGGUGGCGUGUUACCCUGGAGACGGGGCGGGUUACGUCAAACACGUGGACAACCCGAACUGUGACGGGCGGCGCAUCACCUGCAUCUACUACCUCAACAAGGACUGGAACGCCAAGGAGCACGGCGGCGUCCUCCGCAUCUUUCCAGAGGGGAAAUCCUACGUGGUGGACAUCGAGCCGCUGUUUGACCGGCUGCUCUUCUUCUGGUCGGACCGGAGGAACCCCCACGAGGUUCAGCCGUCCUUCUCCACCAGAUACGCCAUCACCGUCUGGUACUAUGACUCUGAGGAGCGAGCGGAGGCCAAGAGACGCUUCAGAGACCUGAAAGCCUCAGUGAAGCAGGGAGACGGUUCAGCCUGUCGUGAGGAGACGUCGCCUCCUGCUGUUUGACUUUCUAACUGCAGCCGAGAAUUUGUUGUGGCUCUGAAAGCUUCUGGGAAAAAAGGCUGAAAGAAAAGCAGAAAAAAAAGAAGCGUCGCUCCGUCCUGGUCUUCGGAGGCUUCGCGGGAUUUUCUCCCCCUCAGUCCAUGAACUCUUCGUUUCCUGACCAGCGAUGAGUUCAGUGGCCGACUGCUGCUCCGGAUUUCUCCCGCUUCUUUCAAUAAAUGCUGAUCUGCUGAUUUCUGCCGAGGAAAAACUAAAAGCAGCAGAAUGAACGUUUUUAAAGCUUCGCCUUCAACUCGCUGGAGGCAGAAAGUCUCUGAGGUUCAGACAGAAGAGACGAAGACUUCGCUCACUGGUCUGGAGACGGAACAAAGGAACAGAGAGGGUGAACCUUCAUUUAGUCUGGAUGAUGAAUGAUGUCAUCCAUCCCUCCAUCCAUCCAUCCAUCAUCCAUCCCUCCAUCCACCCAGACUUUAAAUCUGACCUUUAUUUAUUUUUCUGGUUUCUCAAGUUUGGUUUUAGACUCAAAACUAAAUUUCAAAUUAAAAAUCAAAAGCUAUUAAAUUUCCCUCUGUUCCUUUAAUGCAGGAGAACUCCGCUAGUUUUUAAAUCCCUUUGGUAGAAAGAACAUUUCUCUACACAGUGAAAAGGGUUCUAGUUUCCUUCCACAACAUUUCAGAGUCUGUUUACAGCUGAUGGAGUCGAGUCCUGAUCUUCAUGUUCAUGUUAAUGAAUAAUUAGACGUGAACUCUGACCAGACUCAUGUCACUGAUUCCACGAAGCAGCAGAUUUAACGAGAAACAGGAGAGAAGAUGUGAGAGGAUGAAUAAUUGAUGCUUCUCUGAACCGUUAUUGAGCUGAAACUAAAACGUUCUCAGCAGAACCUUUAAAACCAGACGGAACACUCACUGAGUGUGAGUGUGAGGGGCGUGGCUUUCACUGCUCAGUGUCUGGUGGAGACUUAACGAGCUUAACGGGUUAUUGGGUUAACGAUGUUAACGAUGUUAACGAGGCUUGUUCUUAUUUGAAUGUUCUCUUUGUUCAUGACCUGUUGAAUAAAACCUGAGUUUUUAAAAACAA